AAGAACUCUAGCAAGCUCAAGCUAACAACAACACAACACUCGCUGCAGCGCAUUUAAAUCUUUGGCUGCAGUUUCCGAGACAUUUAGAUAUCACCUGUUUGGGUUGGUUUGUAGUAAAAAUAAUAAUAAUACUUGUUCAUUUGUCUUAACGCUUUGUACACGUUCGUUCAAUAAUAUUUAAACAAAUUCUCUCAGUUUCACAUUUUUUAUAGCUAGCUAGCUACUGUAACUUAGCCGUCUCUUAGCCAACUAAUGUUAACACAACAAGGGCCUUAGCUAGCUACUGUAACGUUAGAUAGCUUGCCGUUUUGAACGCGAAUAUCUAAGGCUUGCCUGCAAAAACUUGCCUCUGUUCCAACGGAGAAAUAUAUUUGUGUAUAUAUUUAGCCAACUAACUAGCUAGGUAGAAGUAAAUUGGUUUUUAAAAUGAGGGGCGGUUCGUCGUAUGGAGACCGGGACCGUGGUCGCGACAGGGGGUAAGUCGGACAGCUAACGUUAGCUAUUUGCCUGGAAACCCGACGAUGAAUUGCAUUGAAUUCUUCGUCGGGCAGAAAUGAGCGUUUGAAUCAGGAAGGUUUCUUCUUACGACCUCUGCUAGCCAGAAUGUUGAAUAAAAUGAUAUUUUAACUUACUUUACCGUUGGUCCUUUUGCAGGUAGGAAUGUGAGACAAUAUAUCCACAGGAAAGCAUAAUUAAAUCAACUUUUCAAGGCGCUGGUAGUGCGUUCAGAGUUCUAUCACUAGAAGCAUGGGCACAAUAUGAAAAUACAUGCAGGCCAUGCAAGCAUACAUGGUUCAGGGCAUGUUACAGGUGAUACAUCUGGCGUGCAUGUGGGUACAGUGCAUUCGGAAAGUAUUCUGACCCCUUGACUUUUUCCACAUUACAACCAUGUUCUAAAAUGGAAUAAAUUGUUGUUUGCCCCCCUUAUCAAUCUACACACAAUACCCCAUAAUGGCAAAGCAAAAACAGAUGUAGAUUUUUUUGCAAAUGUGUAUAUAAAAAAACAAAAACAGGAUAUUACAUUUACAUAAGUAUUCAGAACCUUUACUCAGUAUUUUGUUAAAAGCACCUUUGGCAGUGAUUUACAGCCUCACGUCGUCUUGGGUAUGACACUAAAAACUUGGCACACCUGUAUUUGGGGAGUUUCUCCCAUUCUUCUCUGCAGAUCCUCUCAAGCUCUGUCAGGUUGGAUGGGGAGCGUCGCUGCACAGCUAUUUUCAGGUCUCCAGAGAUGUUCGAUCGGGUUCAAGUCUGGGCUCUGGCUGGGCCACUCAAGGACAUUCAGAGACUUGUCCCGAAGCCACUCCUGCGUUGUCUUGGCUGUGUGCUUAGGGUCGUUGUCUUGUUGGAAGGUGAACCUUCGCCCCAGUCUGAGGUUCUGAGCGCUCUGGAGCAGGUUUUCAUCAAGGAUCUCUGUACUUUGCUCCGUUCAUCUUUCCCUCGAUCCUGACUAGUCUCCCAGUCCCUGCCGCUGAAAAACAUUCCCACAGCAUGAUGCUGCCACCACCAUACUUCACCGUAGGGAUGGUGCCAGGUUUCCUCCAGAUGUGACGCUUGGCAUUCAGGCCAAAGAGUUCAAUCUUGGAUUCAUCAGACCAGAGAAUCUUGUUUCUCAUGGUCUGAGUCCUUUAGGUGCCUUUUGUCAAACUCCAAGCGGGCUGUCUUGUGCCUUUUACUGAGGAGUGGCUUCCGUCUGGCCACUCUACCAUAAAGGCCUGAUUGGUGGAGUGCUGCAGAGAUGGUUGUCCUUCUGGAAGGUUCUCCCAUCUCCACAGAGGAACUCUGGAGCUCUGUCAGUGACCAUCGGGUUCUUGGUCACCUCCCUGACCAAGGCCCUUCUCCCCUGAUUGCUCAGUUUGGCCGGGCGCCCAGCUCUAGGAAGAGUCUUGGUGCUUCCAAAUUUUUCCAUUUAAGAAUGUUGGAGGCCACUGUGUUCUUGGGGGGACCUUCAAUGCUGCAGAAAUUUUUUGUUACCCUAUCCCAGACACAAUCCUGUUUCGGUGCUCUACGGACAAUUCCUUCACCCUCAUGGCUUGAUUUUUGCUCUGACAUGCACUGUCAACUGUGGGACCUUAUAUAGAAAGGUGUGCCUUUCCAAAUCAUGUCCAAUCAAUUGAAUUGACCACAGGUGGACUCCAAUCAAGUUGUAGAAACAUUACAUUUACAUUUCUACAUUUUCGUCAUUUAGCAGACGCUCUUAUCCAGAGCGACUUACAAAUUGGUGCAUUCACCUUAUGAUAGCCAGUGGGACAACCACUUAACAAUAUAUCUUCUUUUUUUUUUUUUUUUUUUUUUGGGGGAGGGUAGGGUUACUUUUAUCCUAUCCCAGGUAUUCCUUAAAGAGGUGGGGUUUCAAGUGUCUCCGGAAGGUGGUGAGUGACUCCGCUGUCCUGGCGUCGUGAGGGAGCUUGUUCCACCAUUGGGGUGCCAGAGCAGCGAACAGUUUUGACUGGGCUGAGCGGGAACUGUGCUUCUGCAGAGGUAGGGGGGCCAGCAGGCCAGAGGUGGAUGAACGCAAUGCCCUCGUUUGGGUGUAGGGACUGAUCAGAGCCUGAAGGUACGGAGGUGCCGUUCCCCUCACAGCUCCGUAGGCAAGCACCAUGGUCUUGUAGCCGAUGCAGGCUUCAACUGGAAGCCAGUGGAGUGUGCGGAGGAGCGGGGUGACGUGAGAGAACUUGGGAAGGUUGAACACCAGACGGGCUGCAGCGUUCUGGAUGAGUUGUAGGGGUUUAAUGGCACAGGCAGGGAGCCCAGCCAACAGCUAGUUGCAGUAAUCCAGACGGGAGAUGACAAGUGCCUGGAUUAGGACCUGUGCCGCUUCCUGUGUAAGGUAGGGUCGUACUCAGCGAAUGCUGUAGAGCAUGAACCUACAGGAUCGGGUCACCGUUUUGAUGUUAGCGGAGAACGACAGGGUGUUGUCCAGGGUCACGCCAAGGUUCUUUGCACUCUGGGAGGAGGACGCAACAGAGUUGUCAACCGUGAUGGCGAGAUCAUGGAGCGGGCAGUCCUUCCCCGGGAGGAAGAGCAGCUCCGUCUUGCCGAGGUUCAGCUUGAGGUGGUGAUCCGUCAUCCACAUUGAUAUGUCUGCCAGACAUGCAGAGAUGCGAUGUGCCACCUGGUUAUCAGAAGGGGGAAAGGAGGAGAUGAAUUGUGUGUCUUCUGCGUAGCAAUGAUAGGAGAGACCAUGUGAGGAUAUGACAGAGCCAAGUGACUUGGUGUAUAGAGAGAAUAGGAGAGGGCCUAGAACUGAGCCCUGGGGGACACCAGUGGUGAGAGCACGUGGUGCGGUGACAGAUUCUCGCCACGCCACCUGGUAGGAGCGACCUGUGAUGUAAAGUGGUUAUCCCACUGGCUAUAGGGUGAACGCACCAAUUUGUGAGUCGCUCUGGCUAAGAGCGUCUGCUAAAUGACGUUAAUGUGCCCUUGAGCAAGGCACUUAACCCUAAUUGCUCCUGUAAGUCGCUCUGGUUAAGAGCGUCUGCUAAAUGACUAAAAUGUAAAUGUAAAAUGUAGGUAGGACGCAAUCCAAGAGUUAGCCGCGCCGGAGAUGCCCAACUCGGAGAGGGUGGAGAGGAGGAUCUGAUGGUUCACAGUAUCAAAGGCAGCAGAUACAGUGGGGAGAACAAGUAUUUGAUACACUGCCGAUUUUGCAGGUUUUCCUACUUCAAAGCAUGUAGAGGUCUGUAAUUUUUUAUCAUAGGUGCACAUCAACUGUGAGAGAUGGAAUCUAAAACAAAAAUCCAGAAAAUCACAUUGUAUGAUUUUUAAAGAAUUAAUUUGCAUUUUAUUGCAUGACAUAAGUAUUUGAUACAUCAGAAAAGCAGAACUUAAUAUUUGGUACAGAAACCUUUGUUUGCAAUUACAGAGAUCAUACGUUUCCUGCAGGUCUUGACCAGGUUUGCACACACUGCAGCAGGGAUUUUGGCCCACUCCUCCAUACAGACCUUCUCCAGAUCCUUCAGGUUUCGGGGCUGUCGCUGGGCAAUACAGACUUUCAGCUCCCUCCAAAGAUUUUCUAUUGGGUUCAGGUCUGGAGACUGGCUAGGCCACUCCAGGACCUUGAGAUGCUUCUUACGGAGCCACUCCUUAGUUGCCCUGGCUUUGUGUUUCGGGUCGUUGUCAUGCUGGAAGACCCAGCCACGACCCAUCUUCAAUGCUCUUACUGAGGGAAGGAGGUUGUUGGCGGCCAAGAUCUCGCGAUACAUGGCCCCAUCCUUCCACCCCUCAAUACGGUGCAGUCGUCCUGUCCCCUUUGCAGAAAAGCAUCCCCAAAGAAUGAUGUUUCCACCUCCAUGCUUCACGGUUGGGAUGGUGUUCUUGGGGUUGUACUCAUCCUUCUUCUUCCUCCAAACAUGGCGAGUGGAGUUUAGACCAAACAGCUCUAUUUUUGUCUGAUCAGACCACAUGACCUUCUCCCAUUCUUCCUCUGGAUCAUCCAGAUGGUCAUUGGCAAACUUCAGACGGGCCUGGACAUGCGCUGGCUUGAGCAGGGGGACCUUGCGUGCGCUGCAGGAUUUUAAUCCAUGACGGCGUAGUGUGUUACUAAUGGUUUUCUUUGAGACUGUGGUCCCAGCUCUCUUCAGGUCAUUGACCAGGUCCUGCCGUGUAGUUCUGGGCUGAUCCCUCACCUUCCUCAUGAUCAUUGAUGCCCCACGAGGUGAGAUCUUGCAUGGAGCCCCAGACCGAGGGUGAUUGACCGUCAUCUUGAACUUCUUCCAUUUUCUAAUAAUUGCGCCAACAGUUGUAGCCUUCUCACCAAGCUGCUUGCCUAUUGUCCUGUAGCCCAUCCCAGCCUUGUGCAGGUCUACAAUUUUAUCCCUGAUGUCCUUACACAGCUCUCUGGUCUUGGCCAUUGUGGAGAGGUUGUAGUCUAUUUGAUUCAGUGUGGGGACAGGUGUCUUUUAUACAGGUAACGAGUUCAAACAGGUGCAGUUAAUACAGGUAAUGAGUGGAGAACAGGAGGGCUUCUUAUAGAAAAACUAACAGGUCUGUGAGAGCCGGAAUUCUUACUGGUUGGUAGGUGAUCAAAUACUUAUGUCAUGCAAUAAAAUGCAAAUUAAUUACUUAAAAAUCAUACAUUGGGAUUUUCUGGAUUUUUGUUUUAGAUUCCGUCUCUCACAGUUGAAGUGUACCUAUGAUAAAAAAAUUACAGACCUCUACAUGCUUUGUAAGUAGGAAAACCUGCAAAAUCGGCAGUGUAUCAAAUACUUGUUCUCCCCACUGUAGGUCUAGGAUGAGAGCAGAGGAGAGAGAGUUAGCUUUAGCAGUGCGGAGAGCCUCCGUGACACAGAGAAGAGCAGUCUCAGUUGAAUGACCAGUCUUGAAACCUUACUGGUUUGGAUCAAGAAGGUCAUUCUGAGAGAGAUAACAAGAGAGUUGGAGAGAAAAUAAAGAAGGGAUACUGGUCUGUAGGUGUUGACAUCGGAGGGAUCGAGUGUAGGUUUUUUGUGAAGGGGUGCAACUCUCGCUCUCUUGAAGACGGAAGGGACAUAGCCAGUGGUCAAGGAUGAGUUGAUGAGCGAGGUGAGGUAAGGGAGAAGGUCUCCGGAAAUGGUCUGGAGAAGAGAGGAGGGGAUAGGGUCAAGCGGGCAGGUUGUUGGGGCGGCUGGCCGUCACAAGUCGCAAGAUUUCAUCUGAAGAGAGAGGGGAGAAAGAAGUCAAAGCAUAGGGUAGGGCAGUGUGAGCAGGACCAGCGGUGUCAUUUGACUUAAUAAAUGAGGAUUGGAUGUCGUCAACCUUCUUUUCAAAAUGGUUGACCAACUCAUCCACAGAGAGGGAGGAGGAUUCAGCAGGGAGGAGAAGGUGACAAAGAGCUUCCUAGGGUUAGAGGCAGAGGCUUGAAAUUUAGAGUGGUAGAAAGUGGCUUUAGCAGCAGAAACAGAGGAUGAAAAUGUAGAGGGGAGGGAGUGAAAAGAUGACAGGUCCGCAGGGAGUCUAGUUUUCCUCUAUUUCCGCUCGGCUGCCCGGAGCCCUGUUCUGUGAGCUCGCAAUGAGUCGUCAAGCCACGGAGCAGGAGUGGAGGACCGAGCCGGCCGGGAGGAUAGGGGACAUAGAGAGUCAAAAGAUGCAGAAAGGGAGGCGAGGAGAGUUGAGGAGGCAGAAUCAGGAGAUUGGAGGGAGAAGGAUUGAGCAGAGGGAUGAGAUGAUAGGAUGGAAGAGGAGAGAGUAGCGGGAGAGAGAGCGAAGGUCGCGACGGCGCAUUACCAUCUGAGUAGGGGCAGAGUGAGUAGUGUUGGAGGAGAACGAGAGAGAAAAGGAUCAAUUAAAUUAAUUAAUAUGCCAUUUAGCAGACGCUUUUAUCCAAAGCGACUUACAGUCAUGCGUGCAUACAUUUUUGUGUAUGGGUGGUCCCGGGGAUCGAACCCACUACCUUGGCAUUACAAGCGCCGUGCUCUACCAGCUGAGCUACAGAGGACCACAUACAAAGUAGUGGUCGUAGACUUGGAGGGGAGUUGCAGUGAGAUUAGUAGAAGAACAGCAUCUAGUAAAGAUGAGGUCAAGCGUAUUGCCUGCCUUGUGAGUAGGGGGAGACGGUGAGAGGGUGAGGUCAAAAGAGGAGAGGAGUGGAACGAAGGAGGCAGAGAUAAAUGAGUCAAAGGUAGACAUAGGGAGGUUAAAGUCACCCAGAACUGUGAGGGGUGAGCCAUCCUCAGGAAAGGAACUUAUCAAGGCGUCAAGCUCAUUGAUGAACUCUCCGAGGGAACCUGGAGGGCGAUAAAUGAUAAGGAUGUUAAGCUUGAAUGGGCUAGUGACUGUGACAGCAUGGAAUUGAAAUGAGGAGAUAGACAGAUAGGUCAGGGGAGAAAGAGAGAAUGAGGAUUCCUGUGCCACCGCCCCGCUGACCAGAUGCUCUCGGGGUAUGCGAGAACACAUGGUCAGACGAGGAGAGAGCAGUAGGAGUAGCAGUGUUUUCUGUGGUAAUCCAUGUUUCCGUCAGCGCCAAGAAGUUGAGGGACUGGAGGGUAGCAUAGGCUGAGAUGAACUCUGCCUUGUUGGCCGCAGAACGGCAGUUCCAGAGGCUGCCGGAGACCUGGAACUCCACGUGGGUCGUGCGUGCAGGGACCACCAGGUUAGAGAGGCAGCAGCCACGCGGUGUGAGGUGUUUGUAUGGCCUGUGCGGAGAGGAGAGAACAGGGAUAGACAGACACAUAGUUGACAGGCUACAGAAAUGGCUACACUAAUGCAAAGGAGAUCGGAAUGAAAUUAACUAAACAUCUGGGGAAACGAGGCCUCCCUCACUAACCUUUCACUGAAACACUCAAAUACAACUCUUCCAACUUCCACUUUAGAAAUUAUAAUUGCUGUAAUCUACAGUAGUUCAAUGUUUCCAGGAAUAGACUAACUUAGUUUAUUCAGCUAGCUAACUUGGUACAGUAUUCUUCUGUGAAAACCGCCCAGGGCACCGUAUCCUAUGACGCCAUAGCUAACUAGCAUGCUAGCAUCCAAUAACACACGGUUUAGCACCAAUACUUGGUUACAACAAACUACCAAUGGAUCAUUCAUGUCCGUGUCUAGUUCCUCAAGGAUGAUCAAUGGAAACAUGAUUCACCUGAGCUCAAUUUCGAGUCUCAUAGCAAAGGGUCUGAAUACUUAUGUAAAUAAGGUAUUUCUGUUUUUUAUUUGUAAUACAUUAGCAAACAUUUAUUUAAAAAACUAUUUUCGCUUUGUCAUUAUGGGAUAUUGUGUGUAGAUUGAUGAGGAAAAAAAUAACAUUUAAUCAAUUCUAGAAUAAGGCUGUAACGUAACAAAAUGUGGGAAAAAUCAAGGGGUCUGAAUACUUUCCGAAUGCACUGUAUAUUGUCUCACAUUCCUACUGUAAAAAGGACCAAUAGCAGUAACCGGUAGAUAAUGUUUCAAUGUCAUUUUAUUCAACAUGCUGGCUUGUAGAGGUCUUGAGUGGAAACUUUCCUGAUCCAAACACACAUUUUUGCCCAAUGUAGAAUUCAAUACAAUUCAACGUCGGGUUUCCAGGCUAUUUCUAUUCACUUUAGCUAACAUGAAUAUCAAACCAAAGAUGGAGAGCUACAAUGAAUCUAUAAAGACCAGCUACUUAGCUAGCUAGCUAGCUAUGUAAUCCUCUUCAUACCCUUUGGGACCAAUGGCCAAUAUGCGUUCCCUCCAAUUCUUUCUGUCCUUGGCAAAUGUUGUGUACAAUAUUGUGUGUGUGAGUCUAGCUUGGAAGUAAUCAAAUACUAAUCUAUGUGCGUGUCAUCAUGUUAGUAGUCCUCGUUUUGGGUCUAGCAGAGGUCCCCCUCCCAACAAGAAGUUUGGGAACCCAGGGGAGCGUUUGCGCAAGAAGAAAUGGGACCUAGACGAGCUUCCAAAGUUUGAGAAGAACUUUUACAAUGAACAUCCAGAUGUCCAGCGCAUGAACCAGGUAUCUCCACACACCAGUGUUCUUCAGUCAUGGAGAACCACAGGAUGUGCGUGUGCAUUUGUUACAGCACAGUCCAGUAGGCCUACUAUGACAUCUGAUUCAACUAAUCAAGGGUUGGAUGUUUACUGAAUCUGGUUUAUUUGUGCUGGGCAGUCUGCACACUCUUGGUCUCCACUAAUAUUGAAAAUCACUGCCCUAUACUCUUAUGGACUUAGUCUGCAGUUGUUGUCAGAUGUGCCACCCUUGACACUAUUUGUGGAUAGUUUUUUUUCUUAUUGUCUCAGAUAUUGUUUUCUGUCUUUCAGUAUGACUUGGAGGAGUUUCGCAGGAAGAAGGAGAUCACUAUCAGGGGGUCAGGCUGCCCAAAACCUGUCACUAGCUUCUCCCAGGCCCAUUUCCCCCGUAAGUACAAACAUGUUUCAGUACAUCUGAACUGCCCUGGCUUCAUUGGAAAUAUGCAUAUCAUUUUUACUUCUGGGAAAACUCUGGCAGGUAAUGUGGCCAAUUGAACCUUAGUUUUGUCAACCAAAGCAACUUGUAGUUAUUUAGUUAUGCUUAUAAGAUGUUCUUAUCCACUUCACCCAGAGUAUGUGAUGGACGUGCUGAUACAGCAGAACUUUAAGGAGCCAACAGCUAUCCAGGCACAAGGCUUCCCACUGGCCCUGAGUGGCAGGGACAUGGUGGGCAUCGCACAGACAGGUUCUGGGAAAACCUUAUCGGUGAGAUGCAGCUGCAGCUCCAUCAUUAUACAUCCACAAGAACAGAACAGCAUGAACACAAAGUUACCACAACACAUUAUGAACAAUAGCAGCAUGCACACUGUUCAUAUCUGUAGACAUCUUUAUUCAUUUGUCUUUCUGAGCAUUUUAACACAUACCCCUGUGUUGACUGCCAUACAAUAUCCUCAGUUUUCUUGUCUUCCUUCUAGAGCCCGAACGAAAUGUGUUUUUGGGGGUCCGAUACCGAUUCUGAUUUUUUUGGGGGGACAAAACGUAUCAAUAUGAUAUACAUUUACAUUUGACAUUUUAGUCAUUUAGCAGAUGCUCUUAUCCAGAGCGACUUACAGUUAGUGAGUGCAUACAUUUUUCAUACUGGCCCCCCAUGGGAAUCGAACCCACAACCCUGGCGUUGCAAGCGCCAUGCUCUACCAACUGAGCUACAGGAGGCCCUGCAGAUAUACUGUUUUACAGUGGAUAAAUGAAAGUUAACAUUUUCCACACUGACUUUUCAGAAAUGGCCAUCCAAAAGAGCAAUUGUCUAAGAAAUAUGCUGCAAAUGUUGAUUUCUUACAUUGUGACAGUAAUGACAUAUCAUGAGAAUGUCCACAAGUGUUCCGAUAAGCAUGAGAUUCCCUUUUUACAUUCUAUUAAUUGAAUAUUGGUUAUAGUGGAAUUGAUAUAUAUCGGUGAAAUUAUAUAUCAGUUGGGCUCUAUAUCCUUCUCUAUUAUUAAUCUCUCUUGCUUGAUGUGGGGUAUUUAUCCCCUUGUUGUUGUAUCUCCUCAGUAUCUCCUGCCUGCCAUUGUGCACAUUAACCACCAGCCCUACCUAGAAAGAGGAGACGGACCAAUCGUAAGUAAACCAUUCUGGAUGAAUCUUAUGGCAUGUGUUUCCUAUAAUUGUUCAUAUGAAUGGAUAUCAGCCACUUCCAAAAUGGAUUCUAUUCUAUUCAGGGGAGUGUUUUUUUCUAUCCCCGUCCUGUCUCUGUGCAGUGUUUGGUUCUGGCACCGACUCGAGAGCUGGCCCAGCAGGUUCAGCAGGUGGCGCAUGAAUACGGCAAGUCAUCCCGCAUCAAGAGCACCUGUGUCUACGGGGGAGCGCCCAAGGGUCCCCAGAUCCGUGAUCUGGAAAGAGGUAAGGAGGCUCCUAUGGAAAAGGGCCUACACAUGUUACAGUACUUCUACUAUACCACCUCCAGUAUUCACAUUUUUGUCAGGUCAUGUUAGUUACCAUGAUAUGACCUAUACGGUGAAGAUACUCCAUACUCUUUUCUAUUACGCAUGUCUGUCCAAACCAGAGAAACCUACGCUGCUCUCACUCUCCCUCACAGGUGUUGAGAUCUGCAUCGCCACCCCGGGUCGUCUCAUUGACUUCCUGGAGGCAGGGAAGACGAACCUACGGCGCUGCACCUACUUGGUGUUGGACGAGGCUGACAGAAUGCUGGACAUGGGCUUUGAGCCACAGAUCCGCAAGAUUGUUGACCAGAUUAGGGUGAGUAGGGUUCUCUCGUCACUCAAAAGCAAAGUAACCCUCAUUUUACAGCUGUUAUUAACUUAUCUCUUUCCCAUGCAUUAGCUACAUAUUGACGCAUUUCAGGCCUGCCUAAGACAUACACUGAGUGUACAAAACAUUAGGGACACCUGCUCUUUCCAUGACAGACUGACCAGGUGAAAGCUAUGAUCCCUUAUUGAUGUCAGCUAUCCACUAUAAUCAUUGUAGAUGAAGGGGAGGAGACGGGUCAAAGAAGGAUUUUAAGCCUUGAGACAAUUGAGACAUGGAUUGUGUAUGUGUGACAUUCAGAGGGUGAAUGGGCAAGACAAAAGAUUUAAGUGCCGUUGAACGGGGUAUGGUAGUAGGUGCCAGGGGCACCGGUUUGAGUGUGUCAAGAACUGCAACGCUGCUGGGUUUUUCACGCUCUACAGUUUCCUUUGUGUAUCAAGAAUGAUCCACCACACAAAGGACUUCCAGCCGACUUGAUACAACUGUGGGAAGCAUUAGAGUCCCUGUGGAACGCUUUCGACACCUUCUAGUCCAAUGCCUGAUGAAUUGAGGCUGUUCUGAAGGCAAAAGGGGUACAGCUCAAUAUUAGGAUGGUGUUCCUAAUGUUUUGUACACUGUAUAUUUCUGUAGAUGGACUACUGCAACUUCUUUAUUCCAAAUGGCUAGUGGUUUCUAGUCUAUAUCCCCGUGCUGCUGCUAUACUAUAAUAAAACAUCUGCUACUGCUGCUAGCUACUACAAAAUGUGCUUACGUUUUUUAUCAAGAGUUUCUAAUGCUGCUCUCAUCCCAGCCUGACAGACAGACCCUGAUGUGGAGUGCCACCUGGCCGAAGGACGUGCGGCAGCUAGCAGAGGACUUCCUGAAGGACUAUGUCCAGAUCAAUGUGGGAGCCCUGGAGCUGAGCGCCAACCACAACAUCCUGCAGAUUGUGGACGUGUGCACGGAGAGCGAGAAAGGACAACAAGUGAGGCUAAUACUUGUUCACUCUACUCCACUGAAACAUUAGCAUUAGUGAAUGGGACUGUGUUGAUGCAAACUGAUGAGGCUUGGUCGUAGAACGAUGUAGGAUGUAACUAACUCUCCAAAGAGCUUGCAUUGGCUAACAUGUUCGCUCACCUUCUCCCAGGCUGCUCCAGCUGAUGGAGGAGAUCAUGGCUGAGAAGGAGAACAAGACCAUCAUCUUUGUGGAGACCAAGAAACGCUGCGAUGAUCUGACCCGCAGAAUGAGACGCGAUGGGUGAGCGAGGGAAAGGAACGCACACACUCUGGGAAUAAUUAAUUGAUACCAUUGAAUAUAACAAAGUUAUGGUCAUGGGGUUGUACUACUUCAUAGCAAUUCCCAGUUACUGAUCAUCAAGCUGACAGGUUGGUUUGCUCCUCAGGUGGCCAGCGAUGUGUAUCCAUGGUGACAAGACUCAGCCAGAGAGAGACUGGGUGCUGACAGGUAAGACGUUGGUUUAUUAUGAGUAUUAUAUGGGCUAGUAUAGGGCUAAUUGGUAUUGGUUGUUGUCAUGACGCAUUCCUUUGUGUCCCUCAGCUGAUCUCUCUUGGUAUUUCCUCUCCUUUUAUAGAGUUCCGUAGUGGCAAGGCUCCUAUUCUUAUUGCUACUGAUGUGGCCUCACGUGGUUUAGGUAUGUACUGUGAGCUCAGAAUAAAAGCACAAUCCCUCUGCAUUAUUACAAACACAGACAUAUUCCCUCCAUGGGCUAUGAGUAGGACAGCUAAUGGUGAUUAGAUGUACAAGUAUACUAGCCCCACUGCAUGUAAGAAUCCCAAGAAAUUUAUAGAUUUAUUGAAUUCAUGAAAUGGCCACCUAAAAACACAUUGAAGCAGAUUUCUGUGAGUACUGUUGCCACUUUGUUUAAUAUGAAGUGUGGCGUUCUUGUCAUCAGUACUUCUUAGAUACAGAGUAUAUAUUUAAGAACAAUGCCUUAUUUCUGGAACUGAUUUUCCUUUGUGGAAUGCCAGGUCCCUUGAAAAACAGGGCUAGAAAAAUCCAACCAAUGAGUACAUCUAAAAACAUAUAGUAAUUUGAGCUACCUUUUGUCAGUGUGUGAAGUAUGAACUUAAAAUAAGGGUAUGGAGAGUGAUGCACCCCCUUAUUGCAAUCAAUUUUUUUAACCAAAUUUUGUUUUGUUUCUGUGUUCAUUUAUUUUCUUUCAUUUUGUUUUGUUUCCAAGUCUCUCUUCCGGCACUAGAAGCGCACAGGCCCACGGGAGCCUGCAGCCGGACCUAGGCAUGACUAAUCGAGCCUGAGUUGCGGAGAGAAACACAGGGGAGAGGAGGCCUGAUUUAUCAAUCCCAGACACAGCCAUCUCUCCGAAAACCCAGAACAGAGCCCUCAAAAAAACUCUCCCCCUUCCAGCAAACUGACUGCCUGGACGACAGAGGGGUGGGGAGGAGGGGUGCUGCUGGGAUUCCAAAUUUUAAACUGGGGCGGGCGGUCAGCUCAGAGGGCCAAGAGGGGGGCGGCCUCCCUCAAGCUAAGCCAUCAGCCUGCAACAGUAAUGCACCACAUGUAGUUCAUUUAGUAAAUUACACUAAUAUAGCUACACAAUGCUAAGCAGGUUUGUUUCACUAAACAGUUUUAAGGUUUUCAGAGGAUUUCUCCAUUCCCUUUGCUAAUAUAGAACGUUUUCAAAAAAGCCCUAGUUACACAUCUUUGAAGAUACUAAAUUAGGUUUGGCAUCAUUGGAGAUCAAUUGAUUGAUAAGAAGUUUGCCAGAAACAUUCUUAAAGUAAUUCUAGCAUAUAGUAUAGCUAGUCUUAAAUGUAGACAAAUAAUUUCCCCAGAGGUUAAUAGAUACAGUGGUGCGUUACAAGAAGACAGGAAAAGGCGGCAGGCCGAGCGUGGGUCGCUAUGCUGGAGGCUCCCCUCUAAACUGCCCCUGCAGCCCCCUAUGCAGCCUGACAACCCCCACCACUGGCUGUGCCGGCCUCUCCCUCUGCGGGCGUCAUGUCUGGUCCUGGCUGGCAGGAGUCCUGGCCUGAAGGAGCCUCUAUAUAUCCCCCCCUCUCUCUGUCUCUCUCUAUCCUUCGUUCUCUCUGCCCACCCCCUUAAUCUCUCACACUUUACACUGUCCAUUUACCCGUUCAUAGUCCACUGUUUAGAGAUACUUUCUCUUUCUAACUCUUGCUAUGCUUAUUCUGACCUUGGUCAUGUGAUCCCUUGGCCUUCUUCCCCAAUCUUUCAUGCUUUCAUCUCUUUACUUCAAAUAUCGAAUUACUCUUUGUUUGCAUCAUGCAAAGACAACCCAGACCUGUAGAAAUUAUUCAGAAAAAUGGAAACGUUCUACCCGUGCUCAGCAAACCCCAGUCAGAAUCCAUGUCCUGACAAAAUCGGUAUAUACCCCCCUCUACAAAUGCUCAUGUUCCCUGACAAAGUCCCUUUAUGUUGAGUAUUUUAGCUCCCCAAAACCUCCACAUCGCCACCCCAGUGUCUGUUUCUUGUUACUGCACUUGAACCCCUGGGCUCCUGGACACGCUGCCAGUCUGGGAAGGACCCAGGGGGACUUCCCUGGGUCUCUUCCAUUUGUCUCCUCUGAACAGAUUUCUACCAAAGACCUUGGAUAAUCUCAACAACAACCCCAGAAAAUAUCCCCCAAACUAGAAACGGGAGAGAAUGCUUACCAUACAGGUAGUUACAGUAAGUCCAUGUUUAGACCCCUGAAGUUGAAGUACCCAACAGUACAGAAACAGUAGCCCAAUUUCCCCUGUUCAUGCCCCUGAUGAACAACCUCAAUCUCUCCCAGGCUGAAAGAAGCAGGGAGACGUGAAGAGGCAGAGCGAGGGUGUGGUGUCAGACCCAGUCCAGCCUGGGUUCUGGCUCUGCCACUCCAGUUGGGAGGGAUGUGUGGAGGAGUGAUGGGAGGGGGGGAGGACCCAUGUUGUCCUCCUCACUCUCCUACCCCUACAGACCUCCCAGGACUGGUCAGGGGGGGACAGAGGGCGCUAACCUUGUAAGUCAUCUCUAAUACGGGGUAAGUACCUCACCCCCCCCUUCCCUGUUCCCAUCCACCUCAUCGAUCCGUAAGAAAAAGGAGACAUUUUUAACCCACAGCAGUGUUUUCAGAGCCCUAUGUCAACUGUAAUGAGAAACAGACUUUAAAAGAAAUCUUUACUAAAUUCAAACCUUUAAAGAAAUCUUACCCUUUGCCUGUUUUGUCAAUGGAUACAGAUGUACCCCAUUUAUUUCCACUCAAAAUGGGGAUGUUCAAACCCUAUUUUUAAUUAUUUAGUCUAUCUGGCUAUGAAUCUGGUAUUGAUUGGCUGUUAUAGUAACGUUUUGGUCAAGAAGAAGCAGUAGAUUCAGUGCUUGACCAAAAGCAUUGGAUUCAUUUGAAAUGUAGAGUGGCUGGAAUACUGAGGAGCCCAUUGCAAUUUUCGAGCAACAUAAUGUAUUGGUUAACAAAAAAUAUUUACAGUAUUUUGGGGUAGUUAUUUUGGAUUAAAGUUUUUCUGCAUUAUGUACCGAUUAGAUUGUUCAGCCUUCACUAGACAGGUAAGUGAGGUUUCAGAGUUUAAUCUAUGUCUUAUGGGUAUUGUCUGUACCAAGUAGAUUUCUAGUUUUGCUUGGUGCACAAAACAAAUAUCUUAAAAUAGGAAUAAAUGAACUCUCCAUUCCUCUCCCUGACCUUUCCACAGGUGGCAUAUUUAUUGUUGUGUAAUGUUUCUAUCAAUCAAUGCUGCUUUUCAUAACUUGUCCUCGUCUCUUCUCCCCCAUUGACUAACCCUCCCUACCCCACUCAAUUACCCCAACUCCUAACCCAAGAUGUGGAGGAUGUCAAAUUUGUCAUCAAUUAUGACUACCCCAACUCCUCUGAGGACUACAUCCACCGUAUCGGCCGUACGGCCCGUAGCACCAACAAGGGUACGGCCUACACGUUUUUCACCCCAGGCAACCUUCGUCAGGCCCGUGAGCUCAUCCGUGUGCUAGAGGAGGCCCGGCAGGCCAUCAACCCAAAGCUGCUGCAACUGGUAAACACAGGCCGUGGAGGAGGUGAGAGAAUGAGGGAGGGCCUUCAAGGGAAAUGUCUGGAAGGAAAGAGUUGCCCCUCUACAUUUUUUUGAAGUGAUUGACAGUGGGCUGUUGACUUUUGAGGUUUCUUCAUUGUACUUUGAACAAGCUAGUUUUUUACAGUAUGUGUUGGUGUGUCCAGGUAUGUGCAGCAUUUUAUAAAUCGGACUGCAUCUUCUCCUCUCUUUGGAAUGCAGGCAGCAGGUCACGUUACAGUGGCAACGGCUCCAACGCCAAUAACCCCAACCUGAUGUAUCAGGAUGAGUGCAACCGGCGCAUGCGCACCGUGAGCGGGGGCAGCAAGGACAGCCGGGGGGGAACAGCAGCAGCAGCUUCAGCCGCGACAGCCGAGGUGGAGGGAGCAGCCGCGCCGGGGACAGGUCGUCCUCUUCCUCCUCUUCUUACAGGGACAGGGGCAGCAGGGACAGCCGCAGCUAUGGCUCCAACUCCAGCUCCUCCUACGACCAGUACCAGAGCGGGAGCAGCCAGUAUAAGUCCGGGAGCAGCGAUGGGGGGCAGGAUCAGUCAGCGGGGCAGUUUGGUUCAGUCAACAGGUCCAGUCAGCCCCCUCCAACCCCCAUCAGGGCCGCAGCCCCUCAUGGCCCAGAAGGUUACCCCAGCCCAGCCCAUGAUGGGAUUAAUGGGGCACUCGCCCUUCCAGUUUGCUCCCCCACCCCCUCCAACCUCACAGAGGAAGUAA